AUGAGUUGUAUAACAUUUCGAAAUUUGAAAGUUUUGAAGGAAGUUGGUGGUUACUAUAGCAUGAAAAAUGAUUCCUCGGGUUUGGCGUCAGAUGCGGCGUUGUCUAAAAAAGAGAAAAGUCGGCGGAAAAUGCCGCUAAAAAUUGUUUUACGUCGAUUGCCGGCAGCUAUGACAUGGGAUCAAUUAGAGACACAAUUGAGUCCAAUUCCGGAAUUCGAGUUUUCCGAAUUUAUAUCUGCUAAAUCAAGCGAAGGAUUAUUAUUUUCGAGAGUAUAUUUCGUUUUCAAGGAAGAUUAUGAUACUAUUGCAUUCAAAGAGCGUUUUCAUGGAUAUGUUUUUGUUGAUGAUAAAGGAGGAGAAUCUGUGGGUAUUGUUGAACUUGCACCUAAUCCAAGAGUGCCACACGACAAAUUGGAAACUGCUAAGGAGCGUGACUUCAAGUGUGGUACUAUAGAAACAGAUCAUGAAUACAAAAAAUUCUUAAGCGAAAGAGAAAAUCCUCAAAAACCAGAUCUAAUAUCAAUGGAACAACUGAUCAAAGAAAUCGAUGAGAAAGAGAAAAUGAUUGAAAGGAAUGCUGUGCAGGAAACACCGCUAACGCAGUAUAUGAUCAGGAAAAGUAUCAGACGCAUCGAGGAAAAACGACGUGCUCGUGAAGAGGAGAAGCGUGAACGUAUGGAACGUCGGCAUGAAAGUGAAUUGAAAGAUAAACAGGAGCGGCAAGAAAUAAAAAAAGUGACUGAGUUCCGUAACUCGAAGUUUGAACGAAGCCAUGAAAGUUCAGUGAAGGAAAAAGAAAGGGCGAAAAUUCGUACUUAUCGAUCCGGUGAUUAUAGUCGUAAUAAUACAGUAGAAAAAAGCAGUAAGUGCUGUGAUACUAAGGAGCAUGACAGAUGUGUUCAGUCAUCGAAGAAAGGACGUGAUGCAUCAGCCAGCAGAGAGUUUUUUUCAAAGAAAACGAAGCAGAAUAAUGAAAAUCAAGGUUUGAAAGCUGAAAAAAUUGAAGAAUUGGAAGGAAAGAAGAUAAGAAAGGAGGAUGAAACUGUCUUCAAGAAACUUACUUUAUCGGAAGACACUACUGAGCCAACAUCAUCGGACAAAUCGAAUAUCAAAGUCUCAAAAGUGGUAAGUCGAAUGCUAACGCGUAAAAUCACAGCAGUGGAGAAGAAUGAAAAAAAUCCAGAUAAUGGAAAGAAGGAAGAAAAGGCUGAAAAUGGUUUUACGAAACCUCGUCGUAAUAAGGACCGUCCAGAGCGUGCAAUAUACCAACCUUCUGCUGUUCGACAUCGAGCUGCGGCUUUAGUUACAUCUGGUUUAAAUACUACGGAAAAAGUUGCAUCAGCUUCUAAAGAAAAAUCUUGA